CGGUGCGACCAGGAAGUUAGGUUGAAAGAGAAAGUUGUUACCUGAACACGUAUCCAGGUUCCCAUGGCCAGAGUUUCCACCUGACCCGGUGUGAGCACUAAGUCAUCAUGGCUGGGAGACUACAGGACAGACAAACAGGGCCAGUUGAUGAGGAGGAAUAUUUUGACAAAGUUGUCAAAGGCGUCAGCCACAAAUGGGACGACCUGGCCCGGAAGCUAGGAUUUGAUCGGAAUGAGAUCAAAGGCAUCGGAACCACAGAACCCAGUCCUGACCACAGGUGCAGAGAAGUGCUGCACAGGUGGAGAAACAGGGAGGGAAGGAAGGCUAGUCUACAGGUUUUGAACCAGACACUCAUCAACAUUGAUGAAAGGCUGACAGCAGAGAGUUUAGAUGGCAAGAAAACAAGACGGAAAAGGAAGAGAAAAAGAAAACCAAAACAGCCCAAAGAAGACGAUUCAUCGGAAAAGUCAUCUUCAAUGGGGAAUGAUCCUCAUAAUGGACCUGCCCCCAGCCACAACUAUUUCAUACCUGUAGCCAAAGCGGUUGGGUCCUCAUGGGGAAAGUUUGCAGUAGAACAACUGGGUCUGACAGCAGAAGACGUGGUGAACAUCCAGGUACAACAUCCCAGCAGCAUCGAGCGUCAGGCGUUACAGGCCCUGGAGCUGUGGAGGCACAGGCGUGGCAGGAAGACCUGUAGGGUGAAGCUGGCAGGAGCUCUCAGGAAGGGAGGGUUCAUACAUACUGCAGAUGAACUUGACAAUGGUCACGAAGUCAAAACACACAUUCCUAACCACAAACAGUGGACAGAGCCCAGUCGUAAAAAGAGGAAGACCCAGGAUUCACUUCAAAUAAAACAGGAAUCAGAACAGUCUUAUCAUGUUGCAUGUGCUGAAUCAAAUGGUACCAACGGACGGGACACAGUGGACCAGAGAGCGGGAACAAGCAGUAACGGAACACAACAUUUCAAUGGGAGGACGGAAGAUGGUUAUGAGACAAGCUCCACAAGCUCACGGUCAAGUCAACAACAUGAAUCGUCAAGUUCAACUAGUUCAAGUUCAACUAGUUCAAGUUCAACUAGUUCAAGUUCAACAAGUGGAGAAGAAUCAGAUUCUGUCAAAGGACCUCAUUUCAUGCAGCCAUCAAAUGUCAAACUGGAAGGAAAACAACAGAAUGGAAAGAGCAGGAAAAGGAGAAGGCAGCUUCAGAAUAGAGCCGCAAGACAGAAAAAAAGGAUAAAGCCUGACCCUGAGGCAGGGAAGAUGCCUGGGUCUAUUAAAGGAGAAGCUGACAGUAAUGAUCCAGACAUGUCUGUUCCAAAUGGUUCAGAUGAUGAUAAAGGCACUAUUUAUCACUUUGUUGUUAAGACUGCUGAAAGGAUGUUUGAUAAGAAAACUGUUGAGAAUUAUGAUGAGUUUGCGAAAUGUGUGAAAUCAUUUGAAAAUGUUGCAUCAGCAGUGCCAGAUGAGGAUGUCAUAGACAAGAAGCCUAUUUUAAAAUUACAGUCUUGGGUCAAGUUGAGGAUAAAAGUCAGGGUUUCCGACAAAAUUGCAGAAAUGGCUCAGAUUAUUUUCACAGACGAAGUACUUGAUCCAGGAGAUAGAGAAUUAUUUCACAAAAUGGCAGAAUGCUUUGGUCGGUUUCAAUCUGCGCUCAGAAAAGCAGAACGUGGAUGUGUACUUUGCUAUCUUGACUUCGCUGAUGUCGGCUGUUUCGACACGUUUUGGCGCGGCUACAGUGACGGGAGCCUGUCCGACACCCUGACCCGAGAACUGAUCACAGACGACAUGAGGGCAGCAGAGGGAGGAGCAGACUUGUACGUACAUGUCCGAGUCCUGCACUCUGCUACAGAGGAGGGGGACUUCUCAGACCAGGACCCAAGUGGCACAGCAGACCGAGGCCCCCCACAUCCUGGUCCAUCUGGGGAACAUACAGGACAGGGUCCUCCUGCACCAGGCAGCGGUAACCAUGGUGAUGACACGCCUCCUGGUUACCAUGGUGAUGGGCCAGGUGGGCUACAGGUGUCAGGUGGUGAUGACGUCAUCCAGGUGAAGCAGGAGCCAGCUGAACAGAUGCCGUCGUGCUGCAUGAUGGGAAAUGUGAAAUCAGAGAUAAAGGGUGAACUGGCGGGUCCAUUUCCCAAGAGAGAAGAAACAGAACUGGACAGACAGCUAGCCGCUGUUGCUGACCAACUGGGUUCCAUGUGGGAGCGGCUGGCUUUAUCUCUCGGCUUCACCACUGACUUCAUCCGGAACCUGACAGCUAGCCAGCCCCCCGCCCUCCGUCCGCGCCAGCUGAUCUGUGAUUGGAUGGAAAGGAACGCUGGUGACGUUACUCUGGACCAGCUGGUGCAGGCCCUGAGGGAUGCUGGGAUACACCAGGUUGCAGAUGCAGCAGCUUCUGGACAGCUGUUUGAAACAGCAGUGUGCAGUGAGGCUGAAAAGGAAAAGCCAGAGGAUGACAUGGAUGCAUCAAGCCCAGGACGACAAACAUCACCAGACAAGGGCAAGGAGAAAGGUUUUGACACGUCCAGCAGUUCUGAAGAGGACUCUGAUGACAGAAACGCUGAGAAUGGGGAUGAUGCAGCAGAUUCUGGUGAAUUGUUUCUGACAGAAACGGAUUGUGAUUCUGCAAAAGGAAAGGCAGACGGGGACUUGGAUACUGCCAACCCUGCCGAGAAGACCUCGCCCAAACAGGACAGUUCUGACAGUUCCAGUUCUUCUAGUUCCAGCAGUUCUGAUGAGGAAUCAGACAACAUGAAGGCUGAAAGGAAUGAUGACGGCAGAUUGCUGUUAAAGAGGAAACGUCCUAACAGCAGCAGUUCUGACUCAAUUGGCAGCUCUGACGAGGAAGAGGAGCAUCAGGGUGCAGCAGUGCUCCUGGCAAGAAAUACCAAGGAAGUACCAGAAUAUGAGGUAUGUCAUAAACUUCGCUGA